GCUUUGCGUUCCCCGUAGCGCUACGCCGCGAUGUCCGCGUAAAUUACAAGUUGUGUUUUUUAAAUGAAAGUUACCGGCUUUAAAUGAAAGGGUGCUUUCAUUAAGUGUGUAACAGUGAACAGUGGUGGUUAGAUGCUAUUUCCUAACACCAACGGAGCGUCUGAACACGUAAUUACAACGUCAACAUAUUUAAAAAAAAGCAAAAAAACACCACAUCCUGUACAUAGCAAAAAAAAAAAUAAUAAUAAAAGUCGACACGUAAGCAAACACGCGUCCGCCGUAAAAAACAAAUGAAAGAGUGCAGAGAUUAAAUGAAUCGUGACUGAAAUUAAAUGAACAUUUAAUUUUAAAUGAAAGAACACAAUAUAAAAGUGACUUUAAGUGUAAAAUGUACUGUUUUGGGUGAAAUCGAAUGUUGAUCAGAACGGCAUGAAGAACGGAAAGACUUACUUUUGGUCUAUGCUACAGGCCUUAGCAUUGUUACCUACGAUGGCUUUGAAGGAUUCACAAAUGACAACAAAGAAGUUCUCAGAAGAGCCUGAAUUCGAACGUCCAAUAGGAAACCACACGUUCUUCUUAGGAAGAGAAGCUGUUCUCGGUUGUGCUGUCACGAAUCUUGGUAAACAUAAAGUAGGCUGGCUAAGAGCAGAAGACCAGACAGUCCUCACGAUGCACGACAGAGCUGUUCUAAGCGCACGGUACUCAGUACACAUGGAUGCUCCAAGGACUUGGCAGCUGAGGAUCAGGCCUCUGAGGGCAGAGGACCGUGGUUGCUACAUGUGCCAGAUCAAUACGCAGCCCAGCAUGAAGUGGCAGAUUGGGUGCAUCGAUGUUUAUGUACCUCCAGACAUCAUGAGUGAUGAGACUUCAGGAGACGUGUCAGUCCAAGAAUUGGAGAACGCGACGUUGACCUGCAAGGCAACUGGUCACCCACCUCCAAAGAUUACGUGGAGAAGAGAGGACCACGAACCUGUGCUGCUGAAGAAACCUCAGUCCAGGGAUUUUGAUAAAGUGGAGAGCUACGUGGGCAGUUCGCUGCCACUGUGGCGCGUAGACCGUCGGCAGAUGGGCGCGUUCCUGUGCAUCGCGGCCAACGACGUGCCGCCUGCCGUCAGCAAGCGGAUCAUACUUAAUGUUAACUUUGCACCUACGGUGAAAGUGCCAAAUCAGUUGUUGGGUGCUCCCCUGGGCACUGACGUCAAAUUAAAGUGUUACGUGGAGGCACAUCCGAACACUAUCAACUAUUGGAUCAAGAAUAGAGGAGAGAUGUUACUUGAUGGACCUAAGUACACAAUAACAGAAGAGAAGUUGUCAUACCAAGUGACGAUGUGGCUCACCAUCAGGCAGUUCUCGAGAAAUGACAUCGGUACUUACAACUGUGUGAGUACCAACUCAUUAGGAAAGAGCGAGGGUACUCUUAGACUUUAUGAAAUAAAACUGAACUCUUAUGCUGAAGAUUUCGGCAAUCAGAUCAGUGUCGCUGGCGGUCUAACAGAGGCAGCUAAAGGAAGUGGUUCAGUCCUCGAGGAGAGAACACUGACUGUUGUGUUGUGUUAUGUGAUCUCCCUAUUAUUGUUAUCGUAGUAACUGUGACUUUGUACAUAUUUGUUAGGACGUUGUUUGGGUGUGAUGGUGGAGUAGACUCUAACAGUUUUUAAGGAGGCUAAGGGUAUCUGUCCACAUUGCGUCAACAUGGCGGCCUAACAUUGCCGCUUUUUUCUGAUUUCAAUUAACCUAUCUCAACCUGUCUGUGGAUUAAGAUCGACUUUUUAUAGAAACCCCACAUGUCAAAAAUCGUUCCAUAUUCGAUAUUGGCAAUUUGUUGACAGUUAUUGUUGUUUCUAAGCAAGAUGCAAAUAUUUGUUCAUUUGGAGGCCGACUAUCUUUUAGAUAUUCAUAUUGUAUUCCACAUUUAAUUUUGUACACCAGUAGUGGUCAAACAUGUUGAUAGUAUGCUCAGUGCUCAUCUAUACAACCCAUCUGUACAAGUGUGUCUGCAAAUAAUAAUAAAUAAUCUUUAUUUUAUUUUUAUUUUUGGUGAUGGAUGCAUGCGAUCGUCAAAUGAUGCAACGUGGGCAAACCUUAGUAUUAAAAAACUUUUAAGUAGUUUUUUUAAUUGAUUUUCAAAAUUCAUUGAAAUUAAUUUUGUUGGAUGAGAAAAAAUAGUUUCCAAGAAGUACAAUAUAAGUUUAUUAGUUUCGUCAUGUGACAUAAUAAUAAAAAUAAUUUUUAUACAAUAAUACUGGGAA